CUGUCUGAAGAUCUUAACAAGGAAGUGUGAAACGUGAAGCAACCCCAUCUACACACAAGAACCAACCAACCCCUAUACACGCAUCAUCAUCAGAACCCUAAAUUCCAGGACGAGUAAAUCUCGAGUUGGGUUUGCUUAAAGUCACAAGCUUUGAUUUGGGUUUCAUCACAAGCUCUGUAUUGAAGCUUGAGUUCGGUUAAAGGAGAGCAGCGAUGUGCAGUUUGUCGCCGAGUCUGCUGUUACCGACAAGGCUCAAACCAGGCUAUUCAGACAAACGGAGUAACAGUAGCAAUUCCCUCUUUGUCUCCAAUAGAAGAUCCAAGAGGAGGAACCUAUCCAUUGUUCCCAUGGCAAGAUUGUUUGGACCGGCGAUCUUCGAAUCAGCCAAGCUGAAAGUAUUGUUUUUGGGUGUUGAUGAGAAGAAGCAUCCACCAACGCUCCCAAGAACUUACACACUCACUCACAGUGACAUUACUGCUAAAUUAACUUUAGCUAUCUCUCACUCCAUUAACAACUCUCAGUUGCAAGGAUGGGCUAAUCGGAUAUACAGAGAUGAAGUAGUAGCAGAAUGGAAGAAAGUGAAAGGGAAACUGUCGCUCCAUGUUCACUGUCAUAUUAGCGGUGGACAUUUCCUUUUAGAUUUAUUCGCAAAGUUUCGAUAUUACAUCUUUUGCAAGGAGUUACCAGUUGUGUUGAAGGCUAUAGUUCAUGGAGAUGAGAACUUGUUGAACAACUAUCCAGAGUUACAAGAAGCUCCUGUUUGGGUUUAUUUCCAUUCUAAUGUCGAUGAGUUCAACAGAGUCGAAUGUUGGGGUCCUCUUUGGGAAGCUUCUUCACCUGAUGGUCACAGGACUCAAUCUCUUCCUGAGCCGCAGUGCAAGGAUGAGUGCAGUUGUUGUUUCCCACCGGUUAGCUCUAUUCCGUGGUCACAUAGUCUUAGUAAUGAAGUUGCUAAAGGUUACUAUGGGACUCAUGGUGAGGGAAUGUCUACUCCUAAUCCGGAGAAACUCUAAUGAAAAAAAAAUAAUAAAAACCUUUUUGGUUUGUAAAUUGAAUGAAAUAGGAAGAUUAUUCCUCAUAUUGGUUUGGUGUACAUACUACAUAGUGUGGUAAUAGGAAACUAAUGAUCGUUUGUAUGUUUGAUAAUACGAAGUUUAAGUUAUAAAAUGUUUAAUACUUUGUGUCUG